AUGUUGGGCUGUGAUGUGGUAGGUAAACUACAUCCGAAGUGAGGUGUGACUUGAAGCCGAUCUCUUCACGAUGAAUCAAAGCCGCUGCCAUUACUUAGAUGAGCCAAUUUAUUUCGUAAAUUUUAUUCAUAGCAUUCGUCUCACAGCAGAUACUGUGGGCUAUGUCUUGGACUACUAGAACAGCGAAUCGACUCACAACUCCAGAGGGUCGUCGAGUUGCAGUACCUGUUGGGCAUGAGCGACUUAAGCGAGAGUACGAAGCAUGAAACAUCAUGUUUUUUUAAAGGGGAACACAAUCGACCGCAUGAUAGUUAAUAUCCAGUGAUGCGAGACUAUGUGCGGCAAAUUAUGCUGUGUGCGGCUUCCGGACAAUGAAGUGAUGAAUCUUUAGAAGCGAGUGAUCAAGGGAUUGUGUGAAGGAGAGUGUACAGUGGCUGGUUGGUGUGACUUGAUUUGGUAGAAGAAUAAACGAGGUUACGAAAACAUAUCUCAUCGAAAUUUGCUCGAGUCUUGACAGGCGGUGGCCUUCUGUCUACUAGUGAUGCAGGGGAAGUAGAAAUACAGCAUAGACUUGAUGGCAGGGUGAACAACAACCACGUCAUCGGCAGGCUUAGCACCUGAUGUGUACAAUGAGGUAGACUGAGUCUGUUUAUUUAAGUUUAUUUUGGCUGUAGACUGCCUCCGCAUCUUAUUCCCUGCUUUAAAUACUAAACUGCGUGACAGGCAUAUCUCAUGGUUCUACUAUACUCAGAAAUUGUUGACUGCAUAUGUACGUGCUGUAGACAAAACUCCCGGUCGAUAGACGUGCGCGUCGUAGUCCAUGCCCGAUAAAUGAAUUUUCAUCAGUGGAUUGUGUUAGGUUUCCAAUUAUGAGCUAGGAAACCUAUAGAACACGCAGUAGCUGCCUUAUUAAUUUAACCUUAAUGUUAACUUCGACGGUAUCCACUUGAAUACAAACGAUGCCCAUGAACGUACAGCACCACUCGUAUGGAGUGGGAUGUCCUGAAGUAUAGGAGGAGUAGUGCGCAUGGACAGGGUUUGUAGUCUUAUAAUAAUUUCGUCUAUUCCAACAGGGCAAAUAAGAUCCAUGACGGUGAACAGUGGAUGCAGUUAGUUCGCCCAGGCCUGUCACAUACACACACACAAACAUUGAUAGUUCGACCAUCGGUUUCGAUGAUGUCCACCGUGUGCCCCACAGUUGCAGCAGCAAUGGGAUCCGGGACGGUGACUUACGCAGGGGUUUAUAGUGCCAGUAGACUUGCGCUGCAUCUACCACACUCUCUCCUCCUCCUCCCCCGCCUGAGCCCGGUGUCAAGGCAGAGUCAAGAAGACCGGAGAUGAGGGAGGCCGCAGGUGGAUGGCUCGGACGGAUCCUCACCUUGGCGCUCCACUCCGCACCGCCUGGUCUACACAACGAAUGACCAGGAUUUUGACCAACACAACACGGAUUAAAGGCUGGCACGGCCGAAGCAGCCCCUGGGCGUGCCGCCAACCCCUGGCUCGCCGCCGCUGACGAGAACGUCUCCGUGGAGAACCGAUGGUGUCUACUGAGGGACACACUCCAGUCGACGGCGCUCGCCGUCCUCUGUCGUGCACCCCGCCAACCCCAGGACUGGUUCGACAACUACGACGCCGCCAUCAGAAGUCUGCUUGCUGAGAAGAACCGCCUACAUAAAGCCUACGUAAACCACCCCACUGACGACAACAGAGCUGCUUUCUACCGUAGUCGCCGCCACCUUCAGCAACACAUGCGCGAGAUGCAGGACGCCUGGACUGCUCGCAAAGCUGAGGAGAUCCAAGGCUACGCGGACCGCAACGAAUGGAAGAACUUCUUCUCCGCGAUCAAAGCUGUCUACGGUCCGCCGACGAAGGGCACUGCUCCUCUCCUCAGCGCCUACGGCAGCACUCUCCGGACUGAGAAGACGCAAAUCCUACAGCGAUGGGCCGAGCACUUCCGAGGCGUCCUCAACCGCCCUUCCGUCAUCUCCGACGCCGCCAUCGCCCGCUUGCCGCAAGUGGCGACCAACGUGGACCUCGACUUCCCGCCAUCUCUCCAGGAAACGAUCAGAGCCGUGCAACAGCUCUGCAGCGGGAAAGCACCCGGGUCGGACGCAAUCCCUGCUGAGGUCUACAAGCACGGAGGUCCCCAACUGAUGAAUCACCUGACUGGGCUCUUCCAGGAGAUGUGGCGUCAAGGUGAAUUCCCGCAAGAUUUCAAAGAUGCAACAGUGGUUCAUAUAUACAAGCUACAAUCACCGAGGCAUCUCCUAGCCCGAAAAUCGCCGGGAAGGUAUUCACACGCAUCCUCCUCAACCGCCUGACUAAUCACCUAGAACAGGGUUUCCUGUUGGAAAGCCAGUGCGGUUGCCGUCGUCACCGCGGGACCGCGGACAUGACCUUCGCCGUCCGUCAACUGCAGGAAAAGUGCCAGGAGAUGCGUAUUCGCGUGUACUCUAAUAUCGGGGACCUGACGAAAACUUUCGAAACGAUGAAUCGUGAAGGACUACUGACUACUGCCGAGGUGGUAGGAUCGAAUCCCCGACAUAGGUGUACUGGAACGGACGGGAAUCUUCAGUAUCUACACCAUGCUGAGACAAAUGCAGCUGCGCUGGAGCGGCCACCUGGUGCGCAUGGACAACGAGCGACUACCCAAUCGACUCUGCUUUGGAGACGUCGAGACGUGCUCUCGCUGCCAAAGAGGUCAAAGUUGCCGAUACAAGGAUACUCUAAAGUCCUCCCUGAAGCUUCUCCAAAUUAACCCGACCAACUGAAGAGAGCUCACCCUCGACCGACCGACCGACCGACCUGGAGGAGGACAGUGAAGACAGGCACUACAACCUAUGAACCCAACCGCAUCGUCGCCGCCAAAGUAUAACGCGAAGCACGCAAAUCACAUCUGCGUCCACUCCGCGACGACGACGCAGAACCGCUUCCAACGUGUCUUCGGUGUCGAAGGACAUUCCGGGCACGAAUUGGACUUAUUGGACACAUUCGGACCAAGUGCAACGCUCGGACCGCACAAACCGUCGACUCUCCGCCCGCCUCUUUCUCGCCUCUCUGACGCCAACUAACUCUGACUACUCGUCUGAGCCACCAAUUCCAUCCUCCUCCUCCUACUCCUCCUCAUCCUCCUCCCCCUCAUCCGCCACCUAUUCCUCCUCCUCUACCGCGGCAGCUCUGGUGGCCGUCACGCACGCCAGCAUCACACACAUCCAUGACGCACCAACCUCCGAAUCCAGAAUUGAGGACCAGGACCACACCUGCCCUCACUGCGACCGCACCUUCACUUCACACAUCGAACUGGUCGGUCACUAG